UUCAGUCGUGAUUGUGCAGCGUGUGGUAAAGGCGACUGUUCGAGCAGUGCGAGAUGGCGGGCACAGCCCUGCUGUAUAUCGCUGUGAGUGUCUGUGUUGGGCUUGUCAGCGCGGUGGCGGAGUCCACUGACGUGUGCUCGCUACGUCAGUUCCGGUGCAACAAUGGCCGCUGCAUCCCGCUCACGUGGAUGUGCGAGGGGGAGGACGACUGUGGCGACGGGAGCGACGAGAGCGCUCCAGAAUGUCACGUGAGCCGGACGUGCUCCGACGCAGAAUUCAGAUGUGCCAACGGAAGAUGUAUCCCUGUCCACUGGCAGUGCGACAAUGAGAAGGACUGCAUUGAUGGCAGUGACGAAGUAGCAACAGUUUGCCAGGCCAGGCCGUGCAGGGCAGGGGAGUUCCAGUGUUCUGCGGGCGUGUGUAUACCACAAGCAUGGGUGUGUGACAGACAGACAGACUGCCUCGAGAAGUCGGACGAGAGGAAUUGCACGCAGUAUGAAACCUGUCGCUCGGAUGAAUUCACUUGCACCAAUGGAAAGUGCAUACAGAAGCGCUGGGUGUGCGACCGGGACGACGACUGCGGGGAUAACUCUGAUGAGAAAGAUUGUCCAAACACCCCGUGUGCUCCAGACUCCGAGUUCAACUGCUCAGAAAAUUUCUGCAUCACAUCAAGAUGGCGCUGUGAUGGUGACCUCGACUGUCCUGAUGGCUCAGAUGAAGAGGGUUGUUCGGACCGUCCAAUGCAUCCAUCUCACUGCCUGCCUCGUGAAUUUGAGUGUGAAGACCGUAUUACUUGUAUCCACCAGUCCUGGGUUUGUGAUGGGGAUAGGGACUGCCCCGGUGGAAGUGACGAAAGUGUAGCACGAUGCCAUAACGUAACGUGCCGGCCAGACCAGUUUCAGUGCAAGAACAUGGUCUGCAUCCCAGGGCACCUGCACUGCUCGGGCCAAGCAGAGUGUUCUGACCAGAGUGAUGAGGAGAACUGCACGGCACCAGUACCGAAGUGCGACCCAAAGACACAGUUUGAGUGUGGGGGUGGGAUCUGCAUUCCCCUGAGCAAGGUGUGUGACACGAAGCCAGACUGUCCAAACUGGGAGGAUGAGCCGGGUGAUCGCUGUGGCAAGGACGAGUGCAAAGACAAUAAUGGCGGAUGCUCUCAGCACUGCGUGGACACCCCUGGUGGCUACUAUUGUGACUGCUUGCCUGGCUACAAGCUUAUGGACAAUCGCACCUGUGACGAUGUCGAUGAAUGUGAGACCCCGGGUGCCUGCUCACAGAUAUGCAUCAAUGAGAAAGGUACGUUCAAAUGCCAGUGUGUUGAAGGAUACCUACGGGACCCACGGGACCACACACGUUGCAAAGCUAUGGAGGGCCAUGCAUCACUGUUAUUUGCUCGUCGGCAUGACAUCCGCAAGAUCUCGCUGGAUCACCAUGAGAUGACAGCGAUUGUGAACGACACCAAGAGUGCCACAGCACUGGACUUUGUCUUCAGAACUGGCAUGAUUUUCUGGAGUGAUGUCAGUGACCAGAAGGUUUACAAAGCUCCAAUUGACGAAGGCAGUGAACGGACAGUUGUGAUUAAGGACGAGCUGACAACUUCAGAUGGGCUUGCAGUGGACUGGAUCUACAAUCACAUAUACUGGACGGACACGGGCAAGAACACGAUAGAGCUUGCGAACUUUGAAGGUGGCAUGAGGAAGGUGCUGAUACAGGACAGUCUGGAGGAGCCACGGGCCAUUGCUCUCAACCCCAUUGAUGGGUGGAUGUUCUGGACUGAUUGGGGCACUGAACCAAAGAUUGAACGUGCUGGAAUGGAUGGAUCGCAUCGCCAGACGAUUGUCUCAUAUGAAGUGAAAUGGCCUAAUGGACUCACACUUGAUCUUGUGAAGAAACGUGUGUACUGGGUGGAUGCCAAACUGAACGUGAUCUCGUCUUGCAACUAUGAUGGCAGCGAGCGACGUGUGGUUCUUUACUCUCCUGAUGCACUUCAGCAUCCGUUUAGCAUAACGACAUUUGAGGACUGGGUGUACUGGACAGACUGGGACAAGCAGGCUGUGUAUAAAGCAAACAAGUUUAAUGGGAGAGACAUAACGGCCAUCACUGCCACGCACAUGUUGCAGAACCCCAUGGUAAUCCAUGUAUAUCAUCCAUAUCGACAACCAGAUGGUGAGAACUAUUGCCAAGCGGUGAAUGGACACUGCUCACACUUAUGUCUCCCUGCACCCCAGAUCAACUUCCGGUCACCUAAAAUUUCGUGUGCAUGUCCAGAUGGCCUGCGGCUGCUGGCAGAUGGACUUAUGUGUGGAGAUGAAGUCAAGACUACAGCAACUUCUCCAAGUGCGGCAGGAUCAGGGGUGUCCUCCAGAAAUACAAAUUCGCACCCAACUGUGUUCCCCACUAACGGAAGCCAUGUAUCCGACCUCAGUUUGAACCACACCAGUCCUACGAAUGCAACAGUGGGCAUCACGAAUGUGACGCAGCUCAUCGAACCCCCCAUGGACGUGGACGAGGAAAGCGGUCUGGUGGCGGGCAUCGUCAUUGCUGUGGGCAUUGUGGUUCUCAUCCUGGCAGCCCUGAUUGCGUUUGUCGUGUAUCGCCAUUACCUUCACAGAAACGUGACAAGUAUGAACUUUGAUAACCCAGUUUAUCGCAAGACAACUGAAGAUCAGUUUUCCUUGGAGAAGAACCAGUACCAGCCACAGAGAAUCUAUCCGGCCACAGUUGGAGAGGAGGCCCAGGAGCCACUUACGAGUCCCGGAACCAAUGAUUAUGUAUAACUGGGCUCAGCCCUAGUGAGACUUCACUGUGUUGUGUUUCGUGGGCAAACUGUAGAGCCACUGUGCUCAAGCCCGUCCCACCGAGGUGCAUUGCUCAAAUUGUAACAGUGCCAAAAUUUCAUGGUCGUGAAGUGUUGCAGACCAAUUCCUCGUUCUUGUAAUUUACAACAUUUUCUUUUAAGUAAAUGCGAAGGAGAAAGGUUGAAAAGCUAAUUCAGUAUCAAAAUUUCAUAUUCUCUGUUCUUAUUCUGGCAUUUGUAAAAUUGUCCAUUAUGUUACACAGAUGGCAAUUUUGGUAACUUUCUUAGUGAAUUCCAAAAUUUUGUUCAUAUUAUGCCAAGGUGUGGAAAGUUGUGUUCAGAAUGUUCAGGUGUACAUAGUGAUGGUGCUUGGCUGCAGGUUGAACAGCUGAAGAUGGGAGUCCAGUUUGACAGUUUGAGAUGUGGGUGUGAAAGGAUCAAAUGGAGUGACUUUGUCACUCCACCUCGUGACUUUAUGGGAUGGUUAAAUACUGUUUAAAUGUUUUGUAAAUAUGUGGAUCAAAAUUUGUCCAUAAUUUAAUUCUAAGCAGGGAUGAUUAAUGUUUCUAUUUCCUGUUGCUCAUGUAGAUGCAAUUUCUUGUAUCUUGUAUCCUACUCCAACCCAGAAGAUGUGCUUCAUUAAAUUUGUGUGUGUGUGUGUGGCGUGCACAUGCAUACUCGCAUGUGUGUGUUGGUUCUGAAGCUUUUUUAGUACCAACCUGAUAUUGUAUUAGUAAGGGAAGUGUUUUGAUAGACAGGUGCAAUGAAUUCCAAAUCUGUGUAUAUUUGCAUGUGUGUUCAUUUGUUUGCUGCUCAUGUUUUAGUCAAGUGUCAGUUUUUUUAAUGUAAAGUUGUAAAUACAUUAUUAAGGAAACGUGUA